GCGGUUGUGCGGCUUGUCUCCAUCAUCCUUUCCUGCGUUCGAUCACACACUCGGUCAAUCAACUCCGACGCUCUGCGUAGGGCAUACUAUGUCCAGUCUGCAGGGCUACGUCGACCGACGCGUGCUCCUCGUCUUACAGGAUGGUCGGUCGAUAGUGGGAACGCUCUCCGGCUUUGACCAGAAAUCGAACGUGGUGCUGUCCGAUUCGACGGAGCGAAUAUACAGCACGGAUGAAGGCGUUGAGGAAGUACCGUUGGGACUGUACCUCGUGAAAGGAGACAUGAUAGCGCUCAUCGGCGAAUUGGACGAAGCCAUCGACAAAUCCGUCGACCUCUCGACCGUCCGCGCGGAGCCCCUCCCUCCUAUCCGGUACUAGGGCGGAAACCAUUGUUUCCCCCCCUCUCACCUCUGCAACGACCAAUUGUAUGCGGAAAAAAUGCGGGUUCGGAUCCACUAUCCCACCGCCGCCGAAAAGACGGGGCGCCCGCAGAAAGCGCAAGUCUGUGUGGCGUGCCAUCGGCACCUGUUGCUCACCAUCGUUCUUGCGAGUACACUCGAUGUUCGAAGGGUACCUCAUCGCGGGUCGACGGGCGUGGCCGUACCCACGCUCGAUUCUGCGGUAUGGGUAGCGCUACAAUAUGAAUAUCUUUUUCGGUUUGUUUGUGCCCUUUUUCAACUGAGAAUGAAGUGAAGCGGAUGAUCGGCCAAUGCGAGGAAGUCGUGGAGUCUCAAAGCAAACAAACGUACAUAUGAAGGGGUCAGAUAAACGGCAGCUCCUUCCCGAUCAACUUUUUGGUCCUCUCCUGCAACUGCUUCUUCCCAUCCUCAUCUAGCGACGCACCAAGCAUCUCUAGCAUCGGGCGCAUCGUAUCGUCCGUCAACAGACUGUUCACGAGUCCCUUCUGCCCCUUCGCGCCCUUCCAGCGCGGCAGCCACCCUUCUCCAUGGGGGUCGGCCUCGUACGCGUCUUCGAUCAUAGAGCGCUCGAACACGGCGACAAGCCUCGGGUUCAGCGAUAUCUUCGAAGGGUUCAUGCUCGCCAUCAUGAGCAUCGUCCCGUUGUUGGGGUCCACCUCAGGGUACAGGUGCGGCAAGAUCGCGACGUUCAUCAUUGCCAAACUCCCGCACAGAGCCUGAUACUCGUAUUUCUCCGUAUCGCCGUCUCCCAUCCUGAAUUGGGCCACGGAGACGACAUAGUCACCUGGUGAGAGCUUGACGAUCCCGUAAUCCCAGUUCAGGACUUUGUGCCAAGGUGCCUCCGUAGGUCGGGGUGCUUCGAGCGGCGGCGCGUGCUUAUCAUACUUCUCGUCGUCCGAGCGCUUGGGCAUGGGGCGCACGACGCCGUUGAUCUCCAGAAUGUUGAUCCGGCGUCGUCCACGGUAGUCUUUCCAGAUAUCUACCAUGGCCAUCUUGCGCCCAUGCAUACUGUUGUCGACCUCUACGUUAUCCCCGGGCAGCGCGUGCUCGGCAUAUCGCGCGGCGCACAUCAU